CCUCAGCCCGCACCGAUCUCGCCUCGCCACCAUAGAGAAACCCGACGCCGCGCCAGAGCGGAUCCGUGACCAUGGAGCAGGAGUACCGGGGUCUGGGUCGCUGCGUGUGCUGCUUCUGGCUGGCGGUUGCCUUUGACGUCGUGGGUCUUCUGGUGCUGCUUAUCGGGGUGUUCGUCUCCGUGUUCUUCUCGGACCUGCUCAUCUACGCCGGCUCCAUCGUCAUCUUCCUCAGCCUCAUCUGGUGGGUGUUCUGGUACUCCGGCAACAUCGAAGUGGCCCCGUCCGAACUCGAGGAUGACGUGGGCCUGCUGAAAAAGGACGGACGCGUGUUGAGGGGCGUGCGCGGGGCCAUGCGCCAGCUGUCCAGCCGAGUGACGGGCAGCCUCCGACGGUCGCUGCGCAGAAGCGGAGACCCGCCGGGACCCCCGGCCUCCGGCCCGCGGGGGGGCACGGUGGUGGUGGCCAUGACGACGAUGGCCCCCCCUGACACCGAGAGCUCGCCCUCAUGACAGAAGUGAAAGCCCAGCCAGGUCCUCUGGACUGUCAUCAUGCUUUGGCCUUUGGUCAAAUGUUUACUUCUUUUUUCCUUUUUUUAAAUGUCAUUUGAAGAUAGAAAUAAAGAUGGAUCUUCUAGUUGGGAAUUUGGACUGAAGGAACUGAGCUCAUGACUGGUUUCAUGUUCCUGGUCAGAUAUUUCAGUUAUCUGUGUUCAUUUAAACUGGAGUUAACGGAGGCGGUUUCCCCAAAACAACAUGGUAACUACAGCCAUAAACACUGCAACAGACAAAGGUGCGACACAAGUGGAGACAGCGUUCGUCACCACUUUAUUGGUCUGUGAUUCCAUUUCUCCUGUCACUCUGUAACUCUUUAACAAAGAAACGGACAGGAACUAGGUGACAUGGAGCUGCGUUUGUUUGGAAUCUUACCUGGCUAAAUUGAAAACCAUCCUGAGGAGGAUCAUGGUUCCAUCAACAGGGUUGAAACUGUACACAAUGAACUGUUAUUUAAAUGAAAAGUUUUCCAGUACUGGGACAGGUACAGUGGCAGGUGGUGUGUCUACAGUGGGUGCAGUUUGGAGGUGUGUGUGUGUAACUCGUUCUCGUUCCCACCCGCAGAGAUAACGGGUGAUUCAUCUUUGGACCCGGAAGGUUACCUGCCUUGUGCUCUACUUUCUGCAUCUGUUUCUAUACAGAAAACCACGCGAAUCAUUCUCUGUAAAUACGCACGUCUAUUCCACUAAUAAAUAUCUUC